GUAGUGAUCAAGUGUUUAAUUUCAAACGUACGAAAGUAAUUACGAAAAAUGCCCACAUCAACAUAUUCGUUUGCUCAAAAGUCACACAAAAUCUCGGCUAACAUUGGCUCGACAAUGGCAAAAUAUUCGUUGUAUCCCGAGGAACGCGAGACGCUGGACAAAUGGCUCCAGCAAUGGAACAUCAAGCUGGACUACUGGACGCGCAAACAGUUCCGGGAUGCACUGCCCGUGGCCAGACUCGUGGAUAAGGUGCACAGGGGUCUGGUGGAUCUUAGCAUUUACAAGCCCUGCACCAGCGUCACCAUGAUGAAAAAUAGCUGGAAAAUAUUUAAAAUUCAUGUUUUGAAUACACUGAAAAUUGGUCUAUCCGAUAUGGACUUGGAACAGCUGGCCCUGGGCACCACUGAUGCAAUUGAUACACUGCUAUUUUGUAUUAUGUACAGCCAGAAAGGCUUUACAGCCUCUGACUAAAUGAUUUUGCUUAUUCGAUUAAUAAAUUAUUAGAGUACAUUUUUAGCAGAAA